AUGCUACUCUCUCUCGCUGCCUUCAUCUUUGGUAGUGUCCUGCCGGCUGCGUACGCGGCCGCGAGGACCUCUCCCCCUGUUGGUUCCGUUGUGGUCAGCCAGAACGCGACAGCCGGCCAGUUCUCAACGCUGUCCUCUGCAGUAGCUUCUCUACCAAAUGACGAUUCCACACAGACAAUUUUCAUCUUUCCCGGAACGUACAAGGAGCAGGUCCUCGUAGAUCGGGAGGGCCCUGUGACGAUCUUCGGCUGGACGGAAAACACUAUGGACUUCAACUCCAACACGGUCGUGCUUGCACACAAUGCUUCGCUUGCAACUUCGUCCAGCGAUGACACUACUGGCACCCUACGGAUCAAAACCAAUAACUCUAGGCUCUAUAAUCUCGACAUCCGCAAUGACUUCGGUGUUGCGGAAACCAACGGACAGGCUAUUGCACUCAGUCAAUAUGGCAGUCAAUUCGGCGCCUACGCAUGCCGGUUCUUCUCGUACCAGGACACACUGUAUGCAAACGAAGGGAACCAGGUAUACCUGAAGUCAUACAUCGAGGGCGCUGUCGACUUCAUCUUCGGUCGCGAGGGUACUGCAUACUUCUAUGGUAACACAAUCGCUACCAAAGGCGCCGGCUGCGUCACCGCGUCGGGUCGCGAGAGCAACGACACCAACCUCUAUCUCUUUGAGUCCAAUACCGUCGUUGCUGCUUCCGAUGCAUUCUCCAACAUAACAGGAAAAACUUUCCUCGGUCGGCCUUGGGGCGAUUUUGCCAAGGUCGUCUUCAAGAACACAGUCAUCACCGCACCUCUGGACGAGGCUAUCUGGUCCGUCUGGCAGCCGACUGACCCUAACACCGAGGACGUCUUUUUCGCCGAGUUUAAUAGUACGGGUCCGGGCGUGGCUGACGCGGACCGCCCCUCGUUCGCGACACUGCUCGAUAGCUCGCAGGCUGCACAGUACACCAUCGCGACAACAGUCGGGUCAGACUGGGCGACUUGGGUGGACACGACUUACCUGUCGUAA